AUGGAAAGUGGUGAUGAAAAUACAGAGCAAGGGAAGUCAAGGCGUGUAUGGACCAACUUUGAAGAAGAAUCUUUGUUGAAUGUUCUUGACGGAAUCAUUGCUGGAGGACAACGCUGCGACACUGGAAGUUUCAAAUCUGGUACUUUACUGAAAAUCGAGAAUGCUUUAAAUCUUUUAUGUCCCAAUUCCAAUCUGAAGGCAAGUCCACAUAUUGAGUCAAAGUUGAAGAAACUGAAGAAAGAUUAUAGCAUAAUCUAUGACAUGAUGAACAAGAGUGGAUUUGCAUGGAAUGAUAUCAAAAAGUGCAUUGAAGUUGAUAGUAAUGAAGUAUGGGAUACAUAUUUGCAGCAUAACAAAAAGGCAAAGGGAUGGAGAAACAAGAAGUAUCCAUUAUUUGAUAGACUAGCUACCAUCUUUGGGAGUGACCGUGCGACUGGAAUUGGAGCUGAGGUCCCUGCUGAUAUGAUGGAGGAGCAGAGCAACAAUGAAGAUGGCAUUGAAGUUGAGAAUGACACAAGCCCCAUGUCAAUGAGCACAGGACAAUCUCAGGUUAGUCAGAAAAAGAGGAAAAGAAAUGAUGAAGAUAAAAUUAUGAUUGCAUUGGAUAAAUUGUUUGAAGAAUCUGGAAAAAGAAUGCAAGCAGUGACUGAUGCUAUAGUGAAAGGUAAUGAAGAUCGAUCUGAUAUUGCCAAGGAACUUAAGAAAAUGGGACUUUCUGUUAUAGACCAAAUUGAGGCAUUGAAAAUCAUUUUGGAUAAGCCCCAAAAUAUCUCUGUGUUCAUGUCCUUAGAUGAUGAAGUGAGAAAAGUGUAUGUGGAUAACUUGCUUGGGGGCACUGCUAGAGGAUCUACCUAA